AUGCCGGCAAAUCUCCCCUACGGAUUGAACCUACCCAACAAAAAUGCAACGAAACCGGGAAACGGGCAGAAAAGAAAAAACAUAUUUGACGACGACUCCGAUGAAGACCAGCAGACUGGCAAUGGUGCAAUUGAAGUCUCAACAAUUGGAGGGCUAGAGGAGCCACCUGCGAAGAAUAAACCCCUGUCAAGCGCAGUGCCACCCCCGAAACGCAAAAUUCAAUUCGGGAGCGGUCCCAAACCAACAGCCAAACCGCUCAGCAAGAACUCGCUAUUUGCAGACGAUGAGGAUGAAGACGAAGAAAGGGAAAAAGAGCAACAAGGCGCAAUGAACCUUGGAUUGAACCAGGUGAAGUCGAAGAAGCCGGCCGCCCCUGCCCAGAAAUAUACGAAUCUCGCCUCAAUGCACAGCAGCAACAUGCAUGCCAAGGCAGCCGAAGAACUCGAUCCAUUGAUCUACUCAUACGAUGAAGUAUACGACAGUCUGCACGCCAAACCCGCCAAGGCCUCUGUGGAAGCCAAGAGCGAAACACCUAAGUACAUGCAGAACUUGCUACAGAGCGCGGAGAUCCGGAAACGGGAUCAACUGCGGGCUAAGGAUCGCCAGCUAGCCAGGGAGCGUGAAGCAGAAGGUGAUGAGUUUGAGGACAAGGAGAAAUUUGUCACAUCUGCCUACAAGGCGCAGCAAGCGGAACUGCGGAAGGCAGAGGAAGAGGAAGCACGCCGUGAAAAGGAGGAGGAAGAAAGGCGCAAAAAAGGUGGCGGCUCUGGUAUGAUUGGCUUCUACCGAGACGUUCUGUCGCGAGGAGAAGCACGCCACGAAGAAGCCAUCAAGGCUGCCGAAGAAACUGCUCGCCGCGUCAAAGCAGGCGAGAUUAUCGAGGAUAUGGAGGAUAAAGAGGUUAAGACAGAUGCCCAGAAGGCGCAGGAUCUCAAUUCUCAUGGAGCUCGGGUUAUUGUGAAUGACGAGGGCCAAGUUGUUGACAAGCGCCAGCUAUUGUCUGCAGGACUGAAUGUGGCACCGAAACCGAAAGCUCAAGCACCUGCUGCCAAAGCAGGAGCUUCACGACCCACUGUUGGACGACCAGGUGCUGGUGCUGGUUACCAGGGUGGCCGUGGUGCCCAGCGGGCUCGACAGACCGACAUGGUCGCAAGCCAAUAUGAGGAGCGUGCGAGACAAGAAGAGGAGGCUGAGGCUACAAAGCAAAAGGAGAUUGCCGAAAAGAGUCGCAGUCGCAAGACCGAGAAAGAUGUGUCCAGCGCCAAAGAGCGGUACCUCGCAAGAAAGAGGGAACGAGAAGAGGCUGCCGCCAAGGAGAAAUCGAAGGGGGCCUAA